UUAUAUUAGUUUACUAAGACAGGUGUGGAGCCUUCGUUCGUACACCUGUGCUUAGCCUGACAUCCUAAACAUUUGAAUUCAUUAUCCUGCAAUGACGAGUUAAAAUGUAUAAUUAUACAGUCACGAGUGGACGGAUAUUUCUAAAGACACAGCUGUUGUAAAUUAGCAUAACUAGUAAAGAAACGUCUGUCCACCGCAAAAUAUCAACCCAAAAAAAAACUCACCUGUGAAAAAAUACAAAGUGCAUUCCAGUCCUUUGUAUUUUUUGCACAUUGGUUUGUGUUAGUUUACGCCGGUUUUAGACACUAAAACGUUGGAGAAGCCAGGAAGUGUUGUUAGAUAGUACCGCAGCGCCCUCUCGUGGCUUCAUGCUAGCAUUACAACUGACGCUCGUGCUGUGUUCAAGAUACAGAGGCGGCUGUCUCGUGCGAAUGUACCGCGACGACAUUAAUUCACCGAGCCCCCCCGCCAAAUAAAAAAGUUAGUGGGUCUCAUUACCAGCAGUGUACUCUUAAUGAGCCGGUGAUGGCGUCACACGGAGAAAUGAGUCCUCAGUGGAAAACAACGAUCAUAGUGAGCUCGUCUCUCCAGAACCAUGACACAAACAGGAUGUUAAGCGCGCAGCAGCACCGAAUCCGCUUUUCAGACAGCGUUGAGUCUGGAGCCUUUAUUUUCCCCCUGUCAGGCACUGCCUUUCUGUUGGUUGACCCCCAAGACCACCUGGAGCAUUUUGAGGAAUCCGGACUCAUUGAGAGGGUAAAGACUUUUGUGCAAGUACACAGGAACAGCUUCCUGCUCCUGUACGCGCCCUUUAAUGGGAAAAAAGAAUUGGAAGUCUUAUCGGUGAUUCAACACAGAUUCUUCGGCAGCAGUCUCAGGAUCCUCCCCGUGCGAAACAACGCAGAGCUUGUGAAAGGAAUGUUGACAAUUGCCAAGGCCACCAGUAAGCCGCAUGUAGACCGUAUCCGCGAUCGGAUGUCUCUGGCUCGGGCUCACGUCAUCGAAAGCAGUCCAGUGUGGGAGAUGCUGAGAGACAUUCUCUGAAGCUCAGCGUGUUCACACACUUAACACGUGUUGUUUUAUUUGAUGCUAAAGCACAAGUGUUACUUGGUAAAUUUAAAAGAUGUUUCAAUAUAUUAGCACAGUUUGUUCUAUUUUUCUUUUACAUUGUUUCAUAAAAAAUGAAAGGUUCUUUGUCCUGCAUGUUUUUUCAGUCAAACAGAAAUAAAACGGUGUUUAUUGAAAAUAUCCCGGCGGUCUGAAGUGACACCUGGAUUCAGUUCUUCCGCUUUUCCUCCGUGAUCUCCUCGAUACGCACUAUAAGACUCUCCAUCAGGUCAAAGGUCACCAAAGCACUCUGCAGCACCUGUGGGGCACAUGGCUACAGUCAGCUUGCUGAUCCUAAAAAAAGGGUCAAAAUCCAAAGUGCUAAAUAAAAGGAGACGAAGUGUCUUCACCUGGUGCUGGACCUCUGGGGACAUAUCGGACACUUCCUCAUGUUUCACCGCCAUGCUUUUUAAUACUCUGGUGGAUCUGGCAGCCUCUCUGGCUUCUGGAGAGGAAAGUGGAGAAAGUUCACAGCAUGGAAAGGUUAUUUCAAUGUUGUUUAGUUGCACAGAUUAGCAGCUAACGCCGACCGUUUGCUCUCAGCUUUUGAUCCCCCCUCAGUGCCUUCAGUUCAGAGGAAUAGUGUCUUCUUGAUCUGCCGAUGCACAGACGCAGCAUUUUCAGGUAUUCCUCUUUGAUCCCACUCAGCUCUUCCCACACAUCUGUCUGAGGGGGGAGGGGGGGGAGGGGGGGAGUAGAGCAUCAACUUAGUGCAUUAACCAGGCUGAAGAGCUGUGGAGGCAUUGAAGAAGUGAGACUUACAGCGCUCCUCAGUUCUGUGUCUCUGAUGAGGAGGUAGCGGAGGAAAUUCAGACUCUCCAUUAUCCUGAUGGACAAACGCAGACGGGGCAUCGCUCAGUGGCUCCAGUUCUCACAACUACAGACCUGUUGUAUUUUACAACCCAAACAUAUCGGAGCAGGCCUGUCUGUAUGUCUAACUGUUGCUCAUUUUACUGACCUGUCCAUGCUGUGAAGCAAAUCUGUCUGAGCACCUUUUGGCAAACUCAACACCAGUCCCAUCAAUGAGAGAAACUCCGCCCCCAGGAACCCUUUGUUGGCAGUACCCGGCUGGAGGGAAGUUAACAGGUUAAACAGGUGAGGAUAAAAUCACCAGCGCAAACACAAUCAAGACCACGGUCCAAUACAGAGGCAGGACCUCCUAAAGCCGUACAAAACAUGUUGUAUAUAAAUAUGAAUGAUUUCUCACUUUUUCUCACCUUCAUAGCAAAUUCCACUUGACUCCUGAUGUUCUUUACUAUGUAACUCUCGACUCCUGCAUGGUUGCUGGUUUUUAACAUGCACCUGCAACACAACACAAGACUUUUGUUAAUGGACUUCAGAUGAGAUGUAGCUGCAGCGAGAAUACAGUGAAGAAAAACACAACAUCAGUUGAAAUACAGUUAAACAUGAACACGUGCAACAGCUUAGCAGCGGAGCAGAAGAGGAAAAUGUAUAGAUCCGCCCUCAAAUGGGUGUAAACAUACAGCUGUUUAAACCAGGAGUAAUGUGUUCAAAUUAUGAUGGGAAAAUGUACCAAAAAUGUGAGUUAUCAUUAUGAAUUAGAUGAACAUAAAUCUAUAGUAGCUUCUGAAUACAUUUGACAGUGGAAUAAAAUCACAUGCAAUAUGUUGUAUUCCAGCGAUCUAGUCCACAUCAAUCGUGCACCCGUAUAAAAGCAUCCUCCGUCUAUAUUUGUGCUGUUGACGCACAAGCGUUUGGUUCGGUAUUCUCCUCCUUCCUCCUCUCACCUGAAGAACUUGUGCUUCGCUUCAGCGUCUAAUUUAUCGAUGAAGAGCUGGAAAACCUGUAGUCCGGAUUCUCUCUGGGGACAGAAGAGACAAGGCAACAAAUUGGUGAGUUUUACACACCAACAGAUGUAGAAUACGUCUUUCUCAUCAAGCGUAUAACUCUACUCACCAAAUGCUGCAUUGGGCAGUCGGUAAGAACCUGCCUCAGAUUCUGUGAAUUACAGCGCACAGCAAGAUUCAUUUCAAUCAGCUACUUCUGCAGAUCAGCAUCCCGGCUUAGUUGUGUUUUAUUAAAAAUAUUACCAUAUUUAAAAAGAAGCUUAAUCCUACAUCAGAUCUACGGUUUAAAUAACGCCAACCAGUCUAAUGUCUCGUCACAUCAAAGUAAGUGUGCAGUUGAACAUCCUACCAGACCCCUACAGAAGAAAAUGGUCAUUUUAAUGGAGGGUAACACAUUGCUGCUUUUAGGAGCGUAAAAUGGAGGCUGGUGGCUUGCUUGUCUUACCUGUGGCACGCUGUAGAAGCUCUUCAGUUCCAGCAGACUCACUGGGAGGCUGUUGUCCUGCACACUCUCCAAGCUCUUUGCAUACAGCGCCUGUGUGGAAAACGCACACAAUUAUGCCCCAAAAAACACGA